GCCAUUCCUGCGCGCUAUCACUACGAAAGAUUUAUUGUUUUCUUACCAGGCAGUGUCCAAAGUUUCAAGCAACAAGACACUCUCCCUGAAUCAGAAAUCAACUUGCUCUAGAGUCGCCGAUUCGCAUUGACUGGUUUUUACCACUAACAUCCGCCACGCGCAAUUCACAUAUUUCGACUCGUUCCAACAUGAGCGCCGCCGAGGAAACCAAGCCCAUCGAGGCUGUCGCUGCCGAGGCGCCCGCCCAGGUUGAAGAGCCUACGAAGGUUGAGGAGCCUGCGAAGGUCGAGGAGACCGAGGCUAAGUCUGCCGAGUCCGAGAAGAAGGACGCCAAUAUCAUCAAGACGACUGCUCAGAUCGACAACAAGCAGCACGCCAACAACGUGAAGUUCGACGCUUCGCUACUCAAGGAGACCGACGACCCUGUUGAGAUCCGGAAGCAGGUCGAGUUUUACCUUUCCGACAGCAACCUGCCGCACGAUAAGUACCUGUGGGAGCUUACUGGCGGCUUCGAGAAUAAGCCCAUCCCUCUCAAGACCAUUACCAACUUCAAGCGCAUGCGCCGCUUCCAGCCCUAUUCCGCCGUUGUCGCUGCUCUGAAGGAGAGCACCCAGGUCAACAUUGCCGGCGAGGAGGGCGAGGAGACCAUCCAGCGCAAGCAGCCCUACACCCCUGGCAGCGACAAGUACAACGCCCGCUGCGUCUACGUCAAGGGCUUUGGCGACGAGGAGCCCUCUACCCAGUUUGACCUCGAGGCCUUCUUCACCCAGUUCGGCCCCAUCAACGCCGUCCGUCUUCGCCGCACCAACGAGAAGCUCUUCAAGGGCUCCGUCUUCGUCGAGUUCCCCGAUGAGGAGGCCGCACAGAAGUUUGUCGCCCUCGACCCCAAGCCCAAGUGGAAGGAGCACGACCUGAAGAUCAUGCCCAAGAUCGACUACGUCCGUGAGAAGAGCGCCCUGAUCAACGCCGGCAAGCUCGAGCCCAACUCGUCUCGCCGAUUCUUCGAGGGCAAGGAGGGCAGCGACCGUGGUGGACGCGGUCGUGGCCGCGGUGGCCGUGGCGGCAACUUUGGCAAGGACGACUGGAAGCAGCGCCGUGACAACGACCAGAAGAACGGCUUCAGGGGCGGCCGCGGUGGACGCGGUGGUCGCGGCCGUGGCCGUGGUGGUGACCGUGGCCGUGGUGGCGACCGCGACCGCCGGGGCGGACGCGACAACCAGGAGAACCGCAAGGACCCCAGCGAGGUCACGAGCGACCGCAACGCUGGCAAGCCUACCAUCCAGGCCACGAACGGCAAGGGCGAGACUGUCGCGGAAGAUAAGAACAACAACGGCAAGCGCUCCCGCGAGGACGAUGGCGCCGCCCAGCCCGAGGCGAAGAAGGUUGACACCAAGACUGAUGUCGCCGCAUAGGCGGAUGCGGUGGAUGUCUACCCAUUUGUGCCUUGGAUUCCUCUGAAACAAGAUACCACUUACAAAAGCAACUUUAUCGGACUCGACUUUUUUGGCUCUCCCGCCCGUCGACAAAACGAGGCAAACGGUCUACGGCGUUCAUGGGACUUGGCUUUAGGUAUAUCUGGCUUAGAGGUCUGGUUGUUACGAAUAGCAUGAGCAUGUGACUUUGGGCGGAGAGUCCCUCCCCCCAUCUUGCAAAAAGCGCAACUGCGAGAACUAUCUGUCACUAUUCAUCAGCGGAUAUGCGGCUCUCUGCCGUGUCACAUGUUAGUCAAUCGAGAUAUUUCUGACCACUUCAACAACUGUUGGCUCCCCGAAUCAGUCGAAUUGUCGUGAGAAGGGCACUUAAGAAGUACGUAUGUUUGCUUGAGGACCGACCGCUUGACCUUGGGCGGCUUUUUGUUGGGGACCGACCAGCUACUGUAGUGCCAGCAACGCGCGAGCAGCAUGCCGAAUCUC